AUGUCCAACUCCGGGGGUUCUCUUACUGAGAAGGAUAUGGGCCAUGCGACCGGCACGGCGCCGAACGCCCAUGGGCCUGCCACCGGUCACUACCGGGGCGGAUACGAUCCCCGGAACCCAAUGGCCAACAUCCACGCCGGCGACGAGCCCAGGCUCCCAGCCUUCGGUGGUGAAUUCCAGCCCGGUCUCUGGCGGCCUGUGGAGAAGCGCCAGUUCGCCAACCCGGCGCCUCUGGGUCUGAGUGCUUUCGCUCUCACCACUUUCGUCCUUUCGGCUAUCAAUCUGGGCACCCGCGGUGUCAAUGUUCCCAACAUUGUUGUUCCCCUUGCCUUUGGCUAUGGUGGCUUGGUCCAGCUCCUGGCUGGUAUGUGGGAGAUGGUUGUUGGCAACACCUUUGGUGCUACCGCCUUGUCAUCUUAUGGUGGUUUCUGGAUUGCUUGGGGCCUCUUGCUCACUCCUCACUGGAACAUCCUUGGCGACGAGGGCCCUUACAAGACUGAUGCCAUCACCUCCUCUGAUCCCAUGAUGUACGAGUCGGCCAUGGGUUUCUUCCUCACAGGCUGGUUCAUCUUUACGACAAUCCUCCUCCUGUGCACACUGCGUUCGACCGUCAUGUUCUUCCUCCUUUUCUUCACCCUCGACCUCUGCUUCCUCAUGCUUGCCUGCUCCCACUACUCUCACUCGAACGGGAACACUGAGAUGUACCACACCCUCACCAAGGCUGGCGGUGGCUUCGGUAUGGUCGCAGCCUUUUUGGCCUGGUACAAUGCAUUUGCCGGUAUUGCCGAUAGCAGCAACUCUUUCUUCCUCAUUCCUGUCUUCCACUUCCCCUGGUCUGAGAAGGGUCGCGAGGCCAGACUCGCUCGCGCCGCUACCCGGGAGACCCGGGACUCGGCUUAG